GCAGGAGGAGCCGCCGCUUUGCCUCCGCUCGCGCAGCGACCUGACAGCACUCAGCCUCGCCUCGUCGUGCCGUGCCGCGUCGCGCCAUGCAAGCAGGGAAGGCAGCCGAGAACCAGCACGCCGGCCGGCCCUUGCAGCUCACCAUGAAAAGGGGCUACGAGGUGCUGCGCGACCCUCACCUCAACAAGGGCAUGGCAUUUACCUUGGAGGAGAGGCAACAGUUGAAUAUUCAUGGAUUAUUGCCACCAUGCUUUCUAGGUCAAGAUACCCAGGUUUAUAGUAUUCUUAAGAAUUUUGAAAGGCUGACAUCUGACCUAGACAGAUAUAUCCUACUAAUGAGUCUUCAGGAUCGAAAUGAAAAGCUCUUCUAUAAAGUGCUGACUUCUGACAUUGAAAAGUUCAUGCCUAUUGUUUACACUCCCACUGUGGGACUGGCUUGCCAACAGUAUGGUUUAGCAUUUCGGAGGCCAAGAGGUCUUUUUAUUACUAUCCAUGACCGGGGACACAUUGCUACAAUGCUUAAAUCCUGGCCAGAAAGUAUCAUCAAGGCUAUUGUGGUGACAGAUGGAGAACGUAUUCUUGGCCUUGGAGACCUUGGCUGUUAUGGAAUGGGCAUUCCAGUUGGUAAACUGGCACUUUAUACGGCCUGCGGAGGAGUGAAACCUCACGAAUGUCUACCAGUGAUGCUGGAUGUGGGAACAGAUAAUGAGUCAUUGCUGAAAGAUCCUUUGUAUAUUGGGCUGAGACACAAGAGAAUCAGAGGUCAAGCCUAUGAUGAUCUUCUUGAUGAAUUCAUGGAAGCUGUGACUUCAAGGUAUGGCAUGAACUGCCUCAUUCAAUUUGAGGAUUUUGCUAAUGCUAAUGCAUUCCGCCUCCUGCAUAAGUACCGUAACAAGUACUGCACUUUCAAUGAUGACAUUCAAGGAACUGCAUCUGUGGCUGUUGCAGGUCUUCUUGCAGCUCUGCGGAUCACCAAGAACAGGUUAUCAGAUCACACAGUGUUGUUCCAGGGAGCUGGAGAGGCUGCACUGGGGAUAGCAAACCUCAUUGUUAUGGCUAUGGAAAAAGAAGGGGUGUCUAAAGAGGCAGCCGUCAAACGGAUAUGGAUGGUUGACUCAAAGGGACUAAUAGUAAAGGGCCGUGCCUCAUUAACAUCUGAGAAGCAGCGUUUCGCCCAUCAACAUGCUGAAAUGAAAAAUCUGGAAGAUAUUGUUAAAGAUAUAAAACCAUCUGUGCUAAUAGGAGUUGCUGCCAUUGGUGGUGCUUUUACUAAACAAAUUCUUCAGGAUAUGGCUGCUUUAAACAAACGUCCUAUUAUUUUUGCUCUCAGCAAUCCUACCAGCAAAGCAGAAUGUACUGCUGAGCAGUGCUACAAAUACACAGAGGGACGUGGCAUCUUUGCCAGUGGAAGUCCUUUUGAUCCUGUCACUCUUCCAAGUGGACAAACUCUCUAUCCUGGACAAGGGAACAAUUCCUACGUGUUCCCAGGAGUUGCCCUCGGUGUUAUUUCAUGUGGAGUGAAACAUAUUGGCGAGGAUGUGUUCCUCACAACUGCUGAGGUAAUAGCUGAGCAAGUUUCAGAGAAGAAUUUACAGGAAGGUCGUCUGUACCCUCCGUUAGUCACUAUUCAGGAGGUGUCAGUGAAAAUUGCUGUGAGGAUCGCAGAAGAAGCCUACAGGAAUAAAAAUGCCUCCACCUAUCCUCAGCCCAAGGACCUAGAAGCCUUCAUCCGCUCUCAGGUUUACAGCACUGAUUAUAACAGCUUCGUGACUGAUUCCUACACCUGGCCUGCAGAAGCCAGCAAAGUGAAACUGUAAAUAUUUAAUGAGGAAUGAACAAGCUAGCAGCAGUUAAAAAGCAUUAUUCCAACCAAUUUUUUUGCCUAGAAAGCUUCAGAAUAGCUGAUUUUUUUAAGAUGCAGAACACUUUUUUCUAAAUGGUAAGAUUUGGUUAGAAACCAAGAUCAAGAAAUCAUAUUAAUUAUACAUCAGGAAAUAAAAACCAGUCUGAGAAAUGUA